GGCGUUGAAAACAUUACCAUUAUAAUCAACGUUUGCCGUUGACAUGUCGAUGGAACAUUUUUAAGCGCAAGACAAAACAUACCGCCGGACAAAAUAGCAAUAAUUUUUCAAUAAUAACAGUUUCAAAGUGGAAAGUGUGUGUUUAACAUUCGGGGAAAUCACCGAGAUAGAGUAAAUAAAAAAUUAUUCCGUCCGAAUGUUCAACGCGGAAAUGAAGACAUUGUAUAAAUGAAACAAAAACAAUCAACGAUUUAAAAAUGAUUAUCUUCCUUCAAAGUUUCACAGCAAUAAUAAUCAUCCUUGCAUCUGCGACAGCGAUAAAGCAAGACGAUGAUUUAUUUGCGAUGCGUAAUUCAGUUAAUUGGAACGAUUCGACGACGUCGAAAUUUAUCUGCAUUUCGAAAGACAACGAUGCGGCAUUGGUCUGGAAUUACAAUUAUAAAAUGAAGAAUUCCGAAGGUGGACGGAUUCUUUCAACGGAUUUCAAUCCGAGAAAACCGAUACGAAAAGACGUCGCGAAUUGUGCGGCAUGGAAUUUGAUGCAGUGCGUAGCGGAAUGGGAGAAAAAAGGUGAUUGGAACGUUGUCGACUCGAUCGUCGAACCAAUGGGUCCUGUUUACGAUUAUCGAUGGGAAGAUUUCAACGAAUUGGCAUUCGAUGACGUUGGGAAAAGUCAGGAAUAUCGUUACGUAGCAGCGUUUAACGAGUCUACGGAUAUGGUGGUUUUCUCAGUCCGAGGAUCGGGAAACGUGGACUUGCGUUUGUGCAGUAAUGAAAACCCGAUUGGAAAUUCCUGUUUACAAAUAAUCGUUGGAGGCUCGGAUAUGAAAGAAUCCGCAAUUUUGUCAUGCGUCGAUGUAGCGAUGGAGUCCAGGCUGCAAUCAAGACCAAAAACCUGCACAACUUUGGCCAACGUCGAGCACGAGUUAGCCAUCGUCGAUGAAUACGAAUGGCGUACAUUCAGAGUUAAAUGGAACAGAGAUGACCGAAAAACAAUCAAAGUUUUCAAGGAGACCGAGAUUGAGCCAUUCAUGGAAGGUAAUCUCGAUCAGCGGUACACAGUUUAUCACUUGUCAGUGAAAAAUGACUUAGGAACACUCAUUCGAUUCCACUUCUAUGAGUAUCUCUCGACGAGAGAGAAGAACGCGAUUAUAUCGACGACUGAAUUCGAUAAAUACGAUAAAAAUAUCUGCAUUAAACUUGUUGUCGGUCUUUGCUUCGAGUGUCAGCUGAAAGUAACCGUGGUAGAUUCAAACGGUGAUGAAUUUCCUGUAGGAAUAAUUCAUGGAAGCGAAAACUUUCUCAACGAUGCGACACUCUUCUGGAACCCGAUGAAACUGACCACAAAAUUGCCGCUCAAUAUUUCGCAGCGAUUGAAAAUCCAAUUGAAAACUAUUACUGAAAAGUAUCAAAGCAAGGGACACUGGGCAAUGGACAAUUUACGAAUGUGCGAGUCGGCUGAUGUUGCGAGAGAAUCGACCGUGACGAUGCAUGGAGAAAUUGGUUCGCCUUUCUUGCCCAAAAUAAAAUGUCAAAAAUUAUCUUACACCAGAAGUGAGACACUUGAUUUGUCGUCCACUAUACGCGACCGAGAUGAUAAAAAAUCUGUGAAACCGACCGUUGCGAACUCAACAGCGGUACUUCCAAGCACGACACUAGAGACAAAUUUAGAGUCUAUGAGCCCCAUCUUAAUAAUGAAGAAAAUGAAGAAGACGUCGAGAUCUAUAGGAUACUUCGAACUAAAGUCAAAAAGGUCAUCCUUUCCGCCAGAGGGCUUAGAAGCAGUAUCGGAAUACCAAACCAGUGUGACGCUUCGGAGGAAAUCUUCGUCUUCUACAAAUGGUAACAAACGACAGCGGCGAAGUGACACGGGUGAACCGACAAAAAUUGAAAAUUUGAGGGCGACAGGGAUAUCCGAGACGAAUGUUACACUUCAGUGGGAUCCUCCAUCCUCUACGAAUGGAAGCAUACAAUACAAAGUUACAGUCAAGGUGGAUAAGUUCUUGGGUUGCUCGGACCGAAACGAAUCGUCACCUUCCAAAGAGGACAUGCGAAUGGUACCGAAACCGGAAGCAAUCUUCGCACGUUUGCACCCUUAUACGAAUUAUACAACGACAGUGAUUGCGUGCAUUGGUGAGCUUGAAGAAAUAAAAGGAGAACUCAAUUUCACAACCGAUCAAAGGGAUAUUCCCACCGAAACCGUUCAGAAUCUACGUUACGAAGGAGGUGACGAAGUUCUGAAAUGGGAUGCGCCGGAUUGUUCUGAUAUGACAGGUCCUUGGGCAGAAACACGCUUGUCAUUUUCAGAAGAAGCCCAAGAGAUAAGAUCAGAGCGUGUUCCAUCGAACAAAUCUCAGACUGACUCGACCAUUGUUGCCGACCUGGGCUCAUAUAAAACUUACAAAGUUCGUGCCUACAUCGUAAGAUCUACCGAGGCAUCUAGCGAUGGUGCUGCACAAAGCAGGGAGAUAUCUUUCACAACGCCGGCAUCACCUCCAGGAAAGGUGGAUGAGAUGGGAUCGUUCGACGUUAACGUCGAACAACGUACCGUUUCUUUAUGGUGGAACUUACCUUUUCCGCUCAAUGGUGAAGUUGAAUCCUACCACAUCAAAAUCUACCAGCAAAAAGAUCAUGUGACGCUGUUAAACGAAACAUACGAAACUCCGGCACAAGUAUCAAAGUGUAAGCUGUCGGAAAAAUCGGUAUGCUUGGAAAAUGUUGAACUUCGAACAAACUUUUCAGUCCAGCUCGAUGCGCAGAUCCAGGCGACAAACAAGGGCGUGUCGUCGCAUGGACUAGUUGCAACCCACAUAGUUUUGGAGAGCGAUUGGCGCACCGCCGAACUCACCCGGCCGAAGCAUUUGGACCAGAUCAUAGGGGAUGAUGGAAUAGUGACGGUGAUGUGGAAACAUCCGCCACUGCCCAAGUUCAAAAUCACACGAUUCGAAGUCAAAGCUGAGCUCCUGGAAUCGACGCUAUUGAAUACUAAUAGUAAAAGCCAAAACACUACAACUGCGAAUUAUCCCGUGAAACAGGAACAGAAAACAUACAAUACGUCGCUUCGCCUUAGAACCUCGUCGAGAUAUCAAAUUGUAGUGACAGCAACGAAUGAGAAGAAUCCUUCCAGCGGGAUAGUAGAUUCGUAUAAUAUUACAAUCCCUUUCAAACCCGGCUUUGCAUCCGGAGAAACACCUAGAGCUGAAUGUAAGGGAAGUGACAUAGAAGUCGUGAUUCCGGCAUUGGUUAACGCAACCCAAGACACUACGGUCUACGUUGUUGUUGAACUCCAACUGGACGGUUCCAAGUUGGAAAUUUUCAAAGAUAAUUACGAUGUUAAUGCAAGCAUGCCCAGGUACUUCACGAUCCGUGAUACCCAAGUGGAAAAUUGCUCCAAGCAUCCAGAAUACAUAUACAACGUGAUAGUCAAAGCUACAGACGAACUAUCCGGUCAAAAUAUCACCUUGUCCACGUCUGGUCGUGAAAGCCACGAGUCGAAAAGCUCGAAUAGAAGUGACUUACUUUUGAUAAUUAUGAUUCCUUCAGUAAUAACGGCAAUACUACUGACAAUCGCGUUAUUUUGUUACCGAAGGUACAAACGAUCACCGCGUCGAACAAACUACAGUGAUAACUUCGAAUACUCGUCAAUGAUUUCGCGGAUGGACCACUUGGGAUACUCUCGCAAUGAAACUAGUCCGCCACUUCCACCGACGAAGCCUACCAACCGAAUAUCGAACCCCGUCUACGCGGUCCCGUUCGGUGAAAAAUCCAGCAAUGUAAGCAUGACGUGUUUUGAAGAAUACACAAGAAAGGCAGUCUUCAACGGAGCGCUCAAUUCCCAGUACGCCCUGUUCCCAAAAGGCUUGAAGAGACCUUGCCAAUACGGAAGGUUGCCCGAAAAUAUGCCAAAAAAUAGAUACAAAAAUUUAAUACCAUAUGACGAUACUCGAGUUGUCCUCAAAAAAAUUCCCGGCGAUCCAUAUUCCGACUACAUUAACGCCAGUUACAUUCAGGGAUAUCGCAACGUGAAGAAGUACAUAGCGACCCAAGGACCGAAGGCGAACACGGUAAACGAUUUCUGGCGCAUGAUUUGGCAAGAAAGAGUCAGCGUCAUAUGCAUGCUGACAAAUGUGACUGAGGGUGAAAAGGUAAAGUGCGAGCUAUACUGGCCAGAAAUAGGAACCGAGAAGAUAUACGGUGACAUAAAAGUAUCGAACAAGCAUCACAAAGUGUUCGCCGACUACACUUUCAGAUACUUCGUGCUGAGUUGCGAAAAGAAAACUCGGCAGGUGACUCACCUCCACUACACCGGAUGGCCAGAUCACGGAGUGCCGACUUACACCGGAUCAUUGGUAGCCUAUUUGAAAAAACUGAUGAAAACUCAAACGGACAAUGCGCCGGUUGUAGUUCACUGUAGUGCAGGGGAUGGUAGAACCGGAAUGAUAAUACUGUGCGACAUAUGCCUGAACCAGAUAAUAUGCGACACGAUGAUCGACGUACCCGGUGUGAUAAUCCAGAUGCGAAACAACCGUGCAAACAUGGUUGGAAGCAAACAGCAGUACUUGCUAGCCCAUAUCAUAAUCACGGAAAGCAUAGUCUAUCUUCCGACUCAGGUACCGUGCGCUGAUGUACUGACAAACAAAAUGAAACAACUGAGAGAGCGGUUACCCUACGACUUCCGAAGGCUAAACGACACUCAGUGGCAGAUUGACGCCCUCCAAUCGCUAGCUGCACCAGUGUCUCUGGGAAUGCAAAACUCGGCUCGUAAUAAGGAAUCAUUGAUGGGAGCCGGAAAAUCGACAAUGCGCCAAAACGCGGUUCAGUACCAACGAUACUCGACGAUCGAUUGCGAGAGCAACGAGACUGAAACUUUUGGCGUUGACGGAGUGAAGAUGAAGAACCAAUUCCUCGCCUCUCGGAUACCGUCGGUUACUACGAUACCGGAAUACUGGCGGUACAUAGCUGAGAAAGAGAUAGAGCUGAUAAUAAUACUGCAAAUGCCAAACCCCAGAGAUCCGACACACGUCGACAUUCUGCCAGGAGAUUCGAUCCUCGUUCCAUUGCCCUACAUACAAGUUAGUAUUAAAUCGAGACUCGAGGAGGAACACUUUACAACUGACAAGCUCUUGCUCACCGACACAUCGGAGGAAAAAGCCAGACUGCAAUCGGUUACUGUGCUCACGUGCACCGGAUGGGGAGGUAACAAAAAUAGUGAACCACCUGAUGUCGCGGCGUUGAUUUCACUUUGGAAAGCCUCGGAGAAGAUCCAACGGAAGGAGGGACCCACCUCGGUACUUUGUCGAGAUGGCGUAACGGGCUGCGGACUUUACUUGGCGCUUAGUUUUCUAUUGGAACGAAUGACCGUCGAGACAGUGUGUGAUGUCAUUUCCGCCGUAAGAGCGGUUCGACGAUCUAGGCCAGAAUUCGUUGAAUCAAUGGAACAGUUUAAGUAUUUGUACGACGCAGCAAGUGUCGGAGAAUUGAUCGUGAGGCUUCACCCUCCGGAAGACGACGGUCUUACAAGAAAUCUGACUUGCGUGUCAGAAAGCGACGACGCUGCUUUGAUUUGGAACAGCCAGCGAGGAAGUUUCACUGACUUUCAGCCUAGGAAAGCUGUGCCAGAAAAUAUCCCCGGAUGUGCACUUUGGGAUUCGAAAGCGUGCGUAGCUCGAUGGAAAGAUCGCAACGGCUGGCACGAAGUCGACUCCAUGAUUCAUCCCAUGGGUCCCAUUUUUGACUAUCGAUGGGAAGGCUUGAAGGAAUUCUACUUCGGGAAUAUUUCAAACGAACUUCAAUAUCGGUACGUUGGGAGAGCGAAUAAAUCUUCUGGCACCGUUAUCCUAUCAGCUCGAGGAUCACAAGAGGUGAAUGUAUUGUUGUGUGCAAGAAAUCGAUCGACGGAAAGUCCAUGCGUUCGGAUCAAGAUUGACAGUUCACGAAUUUCUGUUGCGACCUGCACGAACCGAGCAUCUGGAUGUAGCGAACUCACGCCGAAGGACGCCUGGAGGAAUAUCAUCGAUUACGACGCGGCAAGUCACGCGAACAGUCUCGACCCAUACGAAUGGCGAACAUUCGCGGUAAGAUGGAUCAAGGAAAGGAGCCUGGUCGAGGUUUUUAACAAUAGCCACGUUAUCCUGAAGGGAACUCUCCGGCAUCGUCAACAAAUAUCCAACGUAUGGGUCGAAGGCUUAGAUGCACGGAUUAGAUUUCACUCCUAUAAAUAUCUCCUGACAAGGAAAUCUGGCUCAGUAAUAUUGACAUCAGAAUUUAUUCGACAUAAUGGGACAUUAUGCGUCGAAAUGCACGUCGGUCUUUGUUCCGAAUGUAAGCUAAACGUCAACCUAGUGGAUACCGCAGGCCGAGAGACGUUGUUAAAAUACAUUUCUGGGGAUGAAAAAUCUCUGAACAACGAGCUGAUCACCUGGCGGCCGUUCAAAGUCCAGGUGAACCGACAAAGUGUAGGUCGAAGACUCGUGUGGUUAAAAAUUUCAACUGCUCUGAAGAAUGGCGAUGGAUACGGUCAGUGGGCGAUUGAUGACUUCCGCACGUGCCAGCCGCGCGGCACAAGAGAAUCAACAAUAACGAUACGUCGAGAGAAAUCGGAUUCCUGGCCCAGGAUCAAGUGCCAAAAAUUAUCUUACACUGAAAUUGAAGUGAUCGAUUUAUCGUCGAGUAGGGAAUGCCGCGGAACGAUCGGUGAGUACAACCGAUUCGAAGUUGAGGUCGAUUAUAAGAAAAUCAUUUUCACAGAAUGCUCCGCCGUGCAUCACGGGGACGAUUGCCAUCGGAAAUGCAGAACCUGCAAAUGCAGGUCCCGCGAUAAGAGAAGUGGUAAGGAUAUGGAGGAAAGUAACGCACUAAUGGAAGUUCAGGAACUGAUUCACACAUAUCUAUCCGCCACUGGCGUCACGCUGGAAUGGAAACCCCCCAAAAAUAUAGAUGCCACCAUCGUGAAGUAUGCUGUUUAUCUCAAGGUAAAUGUACUGCUUGGUUGCUAUGAAACCGGUCGCGAGACUCCUGAACAGCAGCCGAUGAAACGAACCGUGAACCAGCCAAAAGCCUUCUUCGAUGGCUUGCAUCCCCACGCUUCGUACGUUGCAACCGUGUUCGCGUACAACGGAAGUGCAAAGGGACCACCAAAGCAGUAUAACUUUCAAACGAAUGAAACUCGGAUACCUACGACAGUAGUUCACAACCUCCGAAUUGAAGAAGGAGGAAGGUUUCUUCGGUGGGAUUGGCCUGAGGAUUGUACUACAAUCACGAGCUAUAUCUAUUGGACAAGAAUAAAAUUUGAAUUUGUCGGUGACGUCAUGCGGCGCUUAACACAUUACCACGAAACGACCACUAGGAACCUCGACUUAAGCUCGAUCGAUUUGAUUCCCGGUGUAAAGUACAAUGUCCGUGCUUACGUGAUAAGGUCUCAGAGUGGGAUGGAAAAUGAUACGAACUAUGUGAACCUCACCUGGACGACCCCACGUGGUGUGACAGAAUUGGAAGCGUACGAUGCCGACUGCGACAGAAGCACCAUCUCCUUGCGAUUUAUUCCGUCAGUCCUUCUUUACGACCGAAUCGAAUCCUACGAAGUGUUCAUCGCCGAAGGAAACGAGCUCCCCAAAAAUAUGACUUUUGGUAAUACGAAAGAACAGAUCUGUGAUUUGUGGGAUGAUCACACAUGCUUAAAAGAUGUAUCCCUACCUUCGAACGCUAAGGUCAACAUAACGAUUCACGCGACGGGCAAGAGGCUUGAUCGAUUUGAUAUCCGGAGUAAUAUCACCUUCUCGCUGGAAGAAUCGUGCAAAUCAAAUCUCAGUUGGCGAGUGAAUUUCACGGUGACGCAAGAUCGCGGUAACGUGAGCCUGAAAUGGAAGCAGCCGUUAUCGAGUGGCGCGAAAAUCACGCGAUUCGCCGUCCGCGUUAGUCCUCUGGAUCGACGUCAACUUGAUAAAUUAACCCACCAAAUUCCCAUUGUCAGGGAAAUUUCUGUCGAGCCGAAUCGCAAAGAGUACACCACGGAGUUCUACCUGUCAAAAUCAGGGAGCUACAACAUUUCCUUGGUAGCGUUCAAUCAGCGCAACAUAAGCAGUAUGGAAAAUGCAGUACAGUUGUUCAUCUCGAAAAAAAAUUCCUCGGAUUUUCAAGCUGCUGUUCCUGAACGACGUCCUUGGAAACAAUAUUUACUUUACGUCAUUAUUUUUCCAAUCAUAGCGAUUCUUCCGUUACUGCUGUUUGCUUAUUACCGAAAUCAGAAGAAACUCUCAUCCGUGGACAACUGCGGUGAGUACAUCGUACCGCCAAUGAAAGAAACGACAAGUACGAAUGUCUCGAUGACUUUCCAUAGUCUGGAGGAAUCAUCAGAUCCGUCCGACAUUUCAGAGAGAGAUGAUGUGAUGCACGAGUACGCUGUACCGAGUGAGCUGCUUUCAAACUACAUAAGCGUACCGCACUUCCAAGAGUACGCCAAAUACAUGGCUACCAGUGGAGGACUGCAUUCGCAAUUUACGAAGCUUCCUAAGGGGACAACGAAAAGGUGCGAGUACGGAAAGUUACCUGAAAACAUGCCAAAGAACAGAUGCGUGAACCAAAUACCAUAUGACGAGACGCGAGUUGUCCUCAACCGAAUCCUCGAGGAUCCUUACUCCGAUUACAUCAACGCCAGUCACAUUCAGGGAUACGGCAAGAGGGCCUACAUCGCGGCACAGGGACCGAUGCCGAAUACGGUCAACGAUUUCUGGAGAAUGAUUUGGCAAAACGAUGUGAGGGUGAUAUGCAUGCUGACGAACGUUGUGGAAGGCGAUAAGAGGAUGUGUGAGCAGUACUGGCCAGACGUGAGGACCAAGACAGAAUACGGCGAUGUCGUUGUUGCGAACAUAGAGCACCAAGUGUACGCGAAUUAUACUUUCAGAACCUUCAACCUCAUCCACGAAAGGAAUACGCGAAAGGUGACGCACCUUCACUACACGGGAUGGCCGAGUCAGGGAGUGCCGAAAGACCCGCAACCCCUGGUCCAGUAUUUGAAAAAACUGAUGAAAACACCGCCCGGUAACGGACCAGUCCUGGUUCACUGCUCCACCGGAGACGGUCGCACUGGCGUUGUCAUGUUGUGCGACAUUUGCAUCCGCGAAGCGGCCGUUGUGAACAUGAUCGACGUAGCCGGGGUCACUCAACGGAUGCGGAAGAGCCGCGCGAUGAUGGUGAGCACUCAGCAGCAAUACAACCUGGCUCACGUCGUUCUUGCGGAAAGUAUUUCGGAACCGUCGACGUCCGUGGAAUGCAACGACGCCUUUUCGCGGCGUGUGGAGGAAAUGAAAAAAAGGUUGCCGGCCGACGUGAAACGGCUCGAUGACUCCGAAUGGCAGGAGCAGGCACUCUUCUUCGGCGAUGAAUCCGAACCUUCGACUUCUAACGAGUUGACGGCAGAAAAUCGAAAAGGGAACGAAAACGGCUUGUAUUUGGAGUUGAAAAAUCCGUGCAAUUACACAAACGCAGUCAGCGUCGACGGCCUCGGUAUGAAAAGGGAAUACCUGGCAUCCCCGUUACCUUCGCCCCUCACCCUCUCGGAAUUCUGGCGUUUCAUUAUCGAGGAUGGUGUGAAACUAGUUAUCGUAUUGCAGCCUGCAGAUCCCAAGAACUCCAUUCACUGCGACAUAAUACCCACUAAGAUGACAGCCGGAUUCGCUCCGGACAUACGAGUGGAAACGAAAACGCGGUUCGUCGACCAAUCUUACGUGAAACUCGAGCUCCUGGUAACCGACACGUUGGCGGAAGAAUCGAGUCCUCGUGCCUUGACGAUACUCACUUGCGUCGGCUGGGAAAGCGAUGAAAACGAAAAGCCACCGGCACCCGCCACGUUGCUCUCGAUUUGGAGAACGUCGGAAACUAUCAAGCGCGACAAAGGGCAGACCUUGGUUCUCUGCCAAGACGGCAUUACCGGCUGUGGCCUUUACCUGGCGAUGAGUUUCCUCCUCCAACGAAUGGCAGUCGAACGAGUAUGCGACGUUAUUUCCGCCGUUCGAACUGUUCGCAGGUCCAGACCUGAGUUUGUCCGAUCCGACAAGGAAUUCCAGUACUUGUACGACGCAGCGUUAGCCUACACAAAAUAUUUCGAAUCCUACGCGAAUUUCACUCAAUUAAUAAUCCCUACAAAAUAGUUUCAAUUGUCACUCAAAUUCAAACAUCGACGAAUCGUUUUCCAAACGUCUUCCGCAUGUCGUCAACAAUAAUAUAACCCCAACGUCUUUAACUGUUCGCUCCACGAUGAACGUGACAAUUCGUCGCUCAAAUCCCAUGAAAGUGACCCCAUUUAUUAUACAAUUAUAUAUUUCUAUUCAAACAUCACACAAUCCUCCAUUCGUUCCAAUAUCCUAGUCGAUGAAAUUAUUCCAAAAUGUUUUCCAAUCUUCAACUGUA